CGCGAUAGCACCGGGUCAGGCUCACGUCGAGAUGGCUUUCCAGGCCAACAAAGCCUACCGGCGGCGCUCAAAGGCCGACACCGACAAUGAGACGACGGAGAACUACACAAUGAUGCAAGCUUUCGACUGGCAUUCGCCCAAGGGACUCUGGAAACAGCUCGAGAGCCAAGUCGACAUGCUCGCCGACAUGGGUAUCACCGCCUUCUGGCUGCCACCGCCUACCAAGGGCUCCUCGCCAGAAGAUGUCGGCUAUGGCAUCUACGACCUCUGGGAUCUCGGCGAGUUUGACCAGAAGGGCAGCGUCGCAACAAAGUAUGGCACAAAGGAAGAGCUACAGAGUCUGAUCGCCAAGGCCAAGGAUGCAGGCAUUGUUUGCUAUUGUGACGCGGUGCUCAACCACCGACUGGGAGGCGACGAGACCGAGAAGUUUCUCGUCAAGGAAGUCGACCAGCAAGACCGCACAAAGGACAUCAGCGGCAAAUACGACAUCGAGGGUUGGACCGGCUUCAAUUUUGCCGGCCGGAGCGGCAAGCAUUCUGAGCUCAAGCUGAAGAGCUAUCACUUCAGCGGCGUCGACUUUGACAACGCGACGGGCAAGAAAGGCGUGUUCAGGAUCAUGGGUGACGGGAAGACCUGGGCAAAGGAUGUCUCGAACGAGCAGGGAAACUUUGACUACCUCAUGGGCGCGGAUCUCGAUGAGUCUCACCCCGAAGUACGAGAAGAUACGUUCAAUUGGGGAUGUUGGAUCAUCGACGAGUUCGGCUUUGCAGGCUUCCGUUUCGACGCAGUGAAGCAUAUCUCUCAAGCUUAUAUCCGAGACUUCAUCAAGGAAGUUCGUAAAAGAACAGGCAAGCCGGACUUGUUUGCUGUCGGCGAGUUGUGGGAAGAUAACACUCCCUAUCUCAAUAAGUACCUCGCCGAUCAAGGCCAGCAAUUCUCGCUCUUCGACACACCCCUGCACUACAACUUCAAGCAGGCAGACGACCAAGGAAGCAACUUUGACAUCCGCAAAGUCUUUGAUGAUUCCCUGUGUUCCACGAAUCCUACAGAUGCCGUCACGCUCGUCGACAAUCACGAUACUCAGAAAGGCCAGAGUCUGCAAAGCUGGAUCGGCGGACCUUUCAAACCGAUCAGCUAUGCACUCAUCCUGCUGCGAGAAGCCGGAUAUCCCUGUGUCUUUGCCGGCGACCUAUUCGGCAUCAAGACUGACGAAGAAGGUGCAGCUGCGGAGCCUGCAUCCGGUCUGGCAUCCUUCAUUCGUGCGCGAAAGCUUUUCGCUUUUGGCGAGCAGAGAGAUUACUGGGACCACGCUAAUUGCGUUGGUUGGGUGAGAGUAGGCGACAAAGAUCACGAUGGUUGUGCGGUGAUUGUGAGCAACGGUGACGAGGGCGAGAAACACAUGCAGACUUCAGGUCAAAAGGGAGAAGAAUGGACCGAUGUGCUCGGAUGGCAUCAGGGUACAGUCACGAUCGGCGACGAUGGAUGGGGUGACUUUCACUGUCCGGCGAGCAGCGUCUCCAUCUGGACGAAGAAGGACGCAAGAGGAAGAGAUACGUUCAAGUAGACACGCGUGACACGGAGCGACACGGCUAGAUUAUACACCACACUUUAGAUGCAUGCUGCUACAGAAGGGUGCGCUCUAGUCCAUCCGGGCUUUGAGCGUUCGCUUGGUGACU